AUGCUUGCGAGUGAAGGAGAAGUUCAAGCAGUACGUCCGCCGAAGAGCAAGCGUGUUGUUGUGAGGAAGUACGCGCGUCACGCUUGUGCUCAGUGCAAGAAAGCGUACGUUGUCUUGUCCUUGCAUUUUACUUUCGCUUAUCAGCUCACUUCUCUUCGUUCUGCAGUAGAACUAAAUGUGAAGGUGGAGAACCAGUCUGCCAGCGCUUUCAUGCUUUGUUUAUUGCUUUCUGCAAAGUGCAACUGGUCUCUUGAGGAUGCACGUCGUCCCCUUACACGUGCACAUGAACAGGCUUUGAAGCAUCAGAACUCGGUUUUGCGAGCUCGGGUUGAACAACUCAGUCACGAAGUUGCUGCUUUGAGGCUACUCUCUUCGGACGGAUCAAGUUCAAACCCUCCAAGCCUUGCGGGUGUUCCCAGUCCGAGUCAUGAAGCAGACGUAGUGGCAAGCUCUGGUCGAUCUCAGCUCCACACUGCCUCUUCUCCUGUCUUCUCGGACUCUGCCGGACAAGCUCAAGGUACAAGUUCAGUACCUGGUGCGACUAGCGCUGGCCCCGAGUCUGCUCCUUUAUGGGGUCUUGUUCCUGUGGAAGACAUCACGAGUGAUGUACAACAGGAAGAUAUUGACCCUGCGGGAAGUGACAGUGAGGCUGAUUUACGGCGCCCGGAAACCGAGUUCGACUGUGAUGUAGAGAGUGCUUACGAAAGCGACGACAGUAGUGACGACAGUGAUGAUAGUGAUGUUAAUGUCAACAAAGCAUUGGCAGCACCGACGAAGACACUUUUCACUGAGCAGGAUGAUCUUCAUCAUUACGGGCUGACGUCCGUCUUUCGACUCCGGCGACGUGCAUCUUUUCGUGACAUACACAACCAACUUCAUGUAGAAAAUGAAAGCGCGGGCAGUGGAGAUGAUUCGGUGUCCUCGUUGCGAGGUGUUCGCUCAGACCGCACUCGCUAUAAGUCUCUUCGAUCCAUCCUUUCAUCGUCUUCAGCAAACGAGGCGGAUAUCCGUACGGAUUCUUCGGAACGUUAUAACCGGCUCAAACGAAGUAGGGAGAGCCGGAGGCGGAAGACUAGCGCAGCUCGUUCAUUCUCGCCAGUCCGCACUCACCAACAUAUCCUUCUCGUUGGUGACCUUGACGCGAACGCUUGGAAGGGAUGUAAUUGUCAAAGUGACUGCUGGAAUCGCUGGUUACCGAAAGGCGUUCCGCUUUCACGGACCGAGCAUGAUAUUCUUCUGGAACGUGUCUUUCUUUUCUUCACUUCAUGGUGUAUGCGUGUCAUUCCAGAAUAUUUCUUACGUGAUAUGUACACCUUCCUUCAUCCGUCUCUGUCCCAUUCCGCAGCGCCAUUUGCUCAAAUGUCAUCAACAACUCUUCCAAGAUUAGCUCACUAUUCACCAUUUAUGCACAACAUGUUACUUGCAGUCGCAACUGCCUUCUCAUCAGACCCAGAUAUCCGAAAGCCAGAAACUCGAGCACGUUUCGCUGAGGAAGGAAAGACAUAUAUUGAAGAAGAGUGUUCCCAACCAAAUAUUAGCACUGUUCAGGGGCUUGGCUUAUUAGCGAGCUACUACAGUGGUCUUGGGAAACAGACACUUGGAUUCACAUAUUUCGGUAUGUCUGCACGCAUCGCACAAGCUCUAGGUCUCUUUGCGGAUUGCACACCUCUUCUCCGUGCAGGGCGUCUUCGUCCACGUCAAGUCUUUGACCGUACUUGGUGCUUCCACAUGGCAGCUGCACAAGAUGCCUGUUGGAGCUUGUAUGUAGGACGUGAAUGUGGCAUUCCCCUUCCAGCUGCGAAGAAACACGAUGAGUCGAAGACUCGAGGGAAAGAUGCGACAAAUGCUUCUGGAAAGUCGAAUGGACAGAUUACAGCAAGCAAUAUGCCGAAAGUUUCCAUGGAUGAUCCCUUUUGCUUGGGUGUUAUCUCGUCUGACGAGACAACUGAAAGUCUUGAUACAAUGGCAUGGAGAAUUGGGGGAGCGAUUGAGGAAAACGCAAAUGACGAUGUUCCCCAAAGCAGAAUGUUCACGUGUUUCCAAUGGAGCUGCCAAUUAAUGAAGAUAGGCAGGUCUAUCAUGGACUUGAUGAAUCGCUUAGCUUCGUCAGAUAGCGGUGCAGAGAUCAAGAUAUUAGUGGCCGAUAUCGACAUACAGCUAGAUGCAUGGCGUCAAGACCUUCCCACAGAAUUAAGGCUCACGUCAGCUAACGAAAUGAGUGCCUUACCGCACAAGCUCACGAUGCACUCGGCCUUUUGGUGGCAGCACAUUUUGCUACACCGGCCGUUCUACCAUCGUCAUCGAGCAAAAUCUGUGGACUCUUCUUUCAGUGUUUCACGUUGCAACGUCGCUGCACGUGAAAUUCUGAGUAUAUUACGGUUAUGGCACAGAAUUUAUGGGACUGUGCGAUAUUGCUCUAUCACACUUGUUCAAACGAUCUUCGCUGCAGGUACGAUAUGCAUUCUACAGGCGAUGCAAGCAUCCACGGGUCGUCGACCUGCAACCCAAUCUCAGGCAUCUGCUCUCAGCAACCUCGAAGAACUCGUAGGGUAUCUACGAGAAUGCUCAAAGAGCUGGGAGUGUGCUAUUCGUAUAGCAGAUAUAUUCGAUAAGCUGUUAAAGGAACAGAAGCGAGCAAUGGAGAAUGGUGGCAGGAGCAGUUUGGAAAGAAGGGGCAGGAGGAAGAAGAGAAGACUUGAGAGUCUCAGGGAAACUGAGAGUGCUGUGCAUGCUACACAGCUGGUUGCGCCGAAUGUCGCACUGGCUGUAUCUGACACUGGGUCAAAUCAUGACAGCGGUGGCGGAGAAGCUCGUUCCCCGAUGAUGCCGCUUCCAGAUAACCCGGACCUGUUGGAUAUCUCGUCUACUGCAGGACCUCAACAAUCAAAUUUCCCUCCAUUUCACCAGUCGCUCCCGGAUGUCCCCACUAUUUACGGAUCACAGGAGCCUCCUAGCUCGAUGAUGCCUUCGGGUUACCAUGACCCUUUUUCGACCAGCCCUACGAACGGCCUUGCAACCAGCCUUCCCGGCCUUCAGGUCCCCUCCUACCCAACCGGUUACUUCUCAGACGAAUCUUACAUAUCCGACGCUCCAUACUUUAGCACAGAUGACCGGGAUCUUGACAUUCCGAUGAGCGCUACCAACACGGAGGAAAACCCAGCAAGCGCAUUCUCCGAUGUUGACUUCGACUUUGAUUUCGACCUCAACUACCUUCUCAAUUCGAAUUCCAACGCAGAUAUGGACACUGUCAUGCCUGGUAUGAGCAUGUUCGAUACGACUAGUUUGCCAGGCUUGGCUCUAGGACCGGUGACGGCUGAUUGCAUGUCUUAUGGGAAUGCACAUUUUGGAGCGUACAGCUCUGAUCCUCCGAAUCUUCUUACGCCGGCCACCUUAACCGAUAUGGGUGCAGCCGCGAACAGCGACGUGGACGUUGGUGCAGGUCUCAGCCUCAACAGUGAUCGAGAAGAUCAUCGUGCACUAUUUGACCUUCUCGAUGCCUUCAACAGCCACGAGUGA